AUGGAUUCGCCCCGGAAGAGUGCGACCAGCACGGCCUCUGCGGCUCGUGAUACUAGAGUGGCCCAUAUCGAUUUCAAGAAGAUUUGUCGCAUCUGUGGAAAAUCGGACGAAACGCUUACGUCGGUGCAUUCGCGAUACCAGAACGACCUGCGGGGUAAGAUCGCAAAGUAUCUCAGCGUUGAUAUCGAAGAAAAUGGCACUUUGCCAACGAAGAUUUGCUUCUGCUGCAAAGAUAUCAUCACCAAGUGGCACGAUCUGUAUGAGAAGUGUCGUGUGAUGGAGGAACGGUUCGAUUCGAUACUGAAGUCUUGCGAAGAGCAACUGCAAACGGAAUUGCUUUCGAAUGGUACGCGGGAAGAACCGAACGAAAAAAAUGGCCACUCAUCUUCUAGGGAAGACGUUGAACGUGGGGAACGAUUGAGCAGUGGUGACAAUGCAGCACCACAGGAAUCUGUCACAACUGUUCCUGAUCAAGAGUCUAAGAAAAGUCAAAAAUGUUCAACCAAAAGCAGGACGGUUACGUGCACGUUUUGCCGUACGGAAGGUUCCGCUAACGGUAUCGUUCGAUUUGAUUCCCAAACGGCGCUAGUGGAUCACAUGAAGGAUCAACAUUGGGAGCAGAUCUUCCACUGCGAGCAGUGCGACAACUAUCUCGAUCGAGCGAUUCUAAUCGAGCACAUGACAAUGCACGCACUAAGCUUACUGCAACCCGCAUCCGUUACCGAAGGAACGGAACAAGAACCGGAAAGUAUGGCUUCCGGUUCAGGCAUGGGCGAAGAUGAGCCCGAAGGUGAAAUGGAGGAGGCUGAAGGUAGUCAACAAACGACGGAACUGAAAUCUGGCGAAGGCAGUACCAACAAGGAAAAUGAUGAGAAAGAUCUGGCGGCCGCAGCUCCGGAAACGGUGAAAACCGUCGAGGGACGCAAACUGUACUGUUACAUCUGCGAGAAAACGCUUGGCAAUCGGAGCGCCUACUCCUACCACGUGAACCAGGUACAUUUGAACAUUAAAAAGUUCGAUUGCUCGUUCUGCGAGAAAAAGUUUGGCAAUCGGCGUUUGCUGAACAAUCACAUCGCGAAUCUACACUCGCGCGAACGUAACUUCGGCUGUACCGUGUGUGACAAGCGUUUCAAAACGAACGUCGCCCUGUACAACCAUAUGCGGGUGCAUGACGAUAAGCUACAGUUUAGCUGCCGGUUUUGUGACAAAAAGUUCCGAUUCCGGAAUCAUCUCGUCAGUCAUGAGCUAGUUCAUCUGGAUGAGCGCAACUACUCCUGCAGCCAGUGUGACAAGAAGUUCAACACGAACGAGUGUUUGCAGAAGCAUAAGCUGACGCACGUCACGACGGAACCGUACCAAUGUCCGCUGUGUGGAUUCAGCACGAAGCAGAAACGUUAUCUGGUGUUGCAUGCGAAACGCAUCCACAUGGUACGGUAA